AUGCCUGGAUCAGUCACAACCAUCCGACAAGAGAAACUGAAGAAGACCAAUGCAAGGCCAAUUCCCCUUGGUUUAUUCACCAUUAAUGAAGAAGAUGAACAGCAAAAGACUGAAAAUUCCAGAAAACUGAAAGCGCCUGAGAGCUACAAAGUGCAAGAUAAGAAAACGCCUGCCUCCAACCACCCCUCCUCUGCUGUUUCAGGACCGAAUAGCAACCACUCAGGAAAUAAACCAGACCCCCCGCCUGUGCUACGAGUUGAUGACCGGCAGCGGUUGGCCCGGGAGCGACGUGAGGAACGGGAAAAGCAGCUAGCUGCGAGAGAAAUCGUCUGGUUAGAAAGAGAAGAGCGUGCACGGCUGCACUAUGAGAGGCACCUGGAGGAGCGGAAGAAGAAGCUCGAGGAGCAGAGGUUGAAGGAGGAGCGGAGGCGGGCCGCUGUGGAGGAGAAACGGAGGCAGAGGCUCGAGGAGGACAAAGAGCGCCAUGAAGCUGUUGUACGGCGUACAAUGGAAAGAAGCCAAAAGCCCAAACAGAAGCAUAACCGGUGGUCCUGGGGAGGCCCCCUCCAUGGGAUCCCCAGCUUCCACAGUGCAGAUCCUGACAGGCGGUCAGUUUCCACCAUGAAUCUUUCGAAACAUGUUGAUCCUGUCAUUAGCAAGCGGCUCUCCUCUUCUUCUGCAACGUUACUCAAUUCUCCAGACAGAGCUCGCCGCCUGCAACUCAGCCCGUGGGAGAGCAGCAUUGUUAACAGACUCCUGACGCCCACACACUCGUUCCUGGCCAGAAGUAAAAGCACAGCCGCUUUGUCUGGAGAUGCAGCAUCUUGCAGCCCCAUCAACAUCAUGCCCUACAAAGCUGCACAUGCUAGAAAUCUAAUGGAGCGACCAAAACUCUUUGUAACCACACCUGAGGGCUCUGCGCGGAGGAGGACCAUUCACAGCACGGCGGGUUAUAAAAGAGAGAAAGAAAGAGAAAAUGUACCCUUCCACCUUACAUCCGGUGUCAGAAGGGCAUUAUCCCCAUCUCAUCCCAAAGCAAGAUCGCCUGCUUCCUCCCGACUUUGGCUGCCAUCCAAGUCCCUCCCUCAUUUGCCCGGCACCCCCAGACCCACAUCCUCCUUGCAGCCUGGCUCCAUCAAAGCUCAGGCCCGACCCCUGUCCCCCGGCAACAUCCGCCCUGUCAAGAGGGAAGUCAAGCUGGAACCUGAGAAGAAAGACCCAGAGAAAGUACCUCUGAAAGUUGCCAAUGAGCCUGCACUAAAGGGCAGGGCACCUUUAGUGAAGGUAGAAGAGUCCACAGGUGAAGAAGGGACACCUGUGGAGGCAGAGGCCGCCCCUGUUGAUUUUCUCCUUAUACCUAUUUGUACAGCUGCUCCAGCCCCAGCCCCAGUGUCGGCCCCAGUCUCUGCUCCAGCCUCAGCCUCAGCCCCAUCGCCCUCUGUGAUUGCCAGUCCUUCUACUAAGACCUCUGCAGGCACCACCGAUGCGGAAGAGGCCACACGGCUGCUAACUGAGAAGAGGCGGCUGGCUCGAGAGCAGCGGGAGAAGGAGGAAAAAGAGAGGAAAGAGAGAGAAGAGCUCGAACGCCAAAAGAGAGAGGAAUUGGCUCAAAGGGUGGCUGAAGAGAGAACCCUUCGAGAGGAAGAAGCUCGACGGAUAGAAGCUGAGCAAGCCAGGGAGAAGGAGGAGCAACUUCGGCGGCAAGCAGAAGAGCGCGAACAGCGAGAGCGGGAGGAGAUGGAGCGCAUCCAGAAGCAGAAAGAAGAGCUAGCUCGUGUUCAUGAAGAAGCAGAGAGGGCCCGGCAGGAACGAGAGGAGCGUUGCCAGAGAGAAGAACAGGAGCGCCGGGAGAGGAAAAAGCGACUUGAGGAGAUUAUGAAAAGAACCGCAAGAACAGAAGCUAAACAUAAGAAAGCUCUUGACCAGAGAAAUGGAGAUGUAGCCAAGGAAGUUGUCACUGAAGAGACAGAAACACCUGAACUUCCAUGUGUGACAAACUCUCCAGGAAACGGAGAAGCAGUGGCCAGCCGUCUUGUGGUUACCUCACACCAAUCCAAAGAGACUGUGGAGAGUACUCCCAAUUUGGAAAAGCAACCAAAUGAAAAUGGAUUAUCUAUUCAGAAUGAAACCUUUGAAGAAAUUAUAAACUUACCUGUUGGAUCUAAACCAUCCAGAUUAGAUGUCACCAACAGUGAGAACCCAGAAAUUCCUUUGAAUCCAAUUUUGGCCUUUGAUGAUAAAGGGCAACUUGGGCCGCUGCCUCAGGUAGAUGGUGUUCAGACACAACAGACUGCAGGAAUCCAAGGGACCAAAUAG